AUGCCGCUGCAUCCAAAUUCCCUAUUAGGCGUGACGCCUCUCUCUCUCUUGCAACAACGGCUACAGCGAGGGCGAUGUGACGGCAGUGCUAGUUCGUGGCUGCACCGGCGGCUGCCGCUGCAGCGACGGUGCGAGGCACGAGGGGAGGUGCAGCGACGCAGCUUUGCCAGCCGCGACAUGCAACUUUCGCGCUAUUCGCCACCGCCAUCGUCGUCGUCAUCAUCGCUGUUAUCUACCGUGAUGCAGGCGAAGGAUGUCGUGACGCGCCUUGGUCCGAGCGAGCGCUUCCCGGGGCUGUGCGGCGUGUUUCUCACAAAGCCGAUAAAAAAGUUCCACCCCAUCGAGGUACUACCCACCGCUGCCUCUGCCGCCGCGACCACCACGACCGCUGCCACAGCUGACAGCAGCGCAGAGCGGCCGGAUGCUUCUCGCAGCCCGACAUCCGCCAUCGUCUCACAGGCCCCACCGUUCGUGCUGAACCUGGCCUUUGCUCCUAGGCACAGCAUCUCGCUGCGCCGCUUUCUGGCCCUUCGGCACAUGUUCAGCACAUCUGCCUACCUGCACGUGGCGACAGAGGAUGGCUGGUACUUGGUUGCACCGAGCUCCGCGGCACCGCUCUGCCCCGACGUCACUGGCCUGCAGGCGUGGUGCUGUCGCCAUCAUCACCGAUACCUCAAGCAUGCCGCCACCGCCGUCACGGCGGCCACAUCGUCGUCCACGCCAUCGUCGCGAGCGCCCCGCUGCAGCACGCAUACAGGGAUAGCCAAGCUGGAGGCAGCGCUGGACAACGGCGAGGAGCUCAGCGAGGAGCAGCUGCAGAGGCUGGCGGCGCAGGAGAAGGCGUUCUUUGCGCACACGCCAGAAAAUGAGGAGGCGGAUAUAGAUGACGACACCGAUGAGACCGACGACAUGCCUGCUGUCCGUGAACCACGCCACCCACUUAGCCAGAAGACCGCCGCCCCCACAGCGGAAACUCUCCGGAAGCGCUCCGCUGGUGCUCCAGCAUCCGCUUUCGGACUGUCACCGCCGCUCAUCCCCGAGGCACACCUCUUCGACAUUAACGACGGCGUCGCGUGGCUACUGCCGCCGUCCGACGACUUGGCCAACCACGAGUACUGGAAGAGCCAUCGCCAACGCAUGGCGCUCUACGAGAGCACCGGCGACGCGGACGCGGCCGAGCAGCGCGAAGCGCUCCUGGCGACUCUCCGCGCCGACCCGGCAAUAGCGCAGCAUCUGUCGUCUGAGCAGGAGCUGUACGCCGCCGCCGAGGCGCUCUUUCAGGCACUGAAGCACAAGGCCAACGUGACCCUGAACGUAGACGCCGACACCGGCCUUCUCACGCUCGUCCCGCUGCGGGAUCUGCACGCUGGUGAAGAGCUCCUUCUCCAUUACGGCCGCGAGUGGUGGACUGGGCGACUGCUCUUCUCGCUGCUCUUGUCCGUCUCAGACGCUGAGAUGCCGCAGAUCCGGUGGAUCGAGCAGCUGUUUGAUCACGCGGUAGACAGAAGCGAGCCUUUCCCGCUGCUCAUCGUGGCACAUGAGCAGCGCAAGCGGCCUCGGCGAGGCUGUUCAGGGGGCGCAAAGGUUCGAAAGGGCCUCAAGAACGAGUCCAGCGGCGACGGCGACGAGCAGCAGCAGCAGUCGACACAGUGUGCGUCGCUGACGAAGCCUCACGGUGACUCUGCUGAGACAUCUUCCACCACCGCCAUGACGGCAGAGCUGCCCGUGUCUCAGCGCAAGCUGGGUCGUGCCGUUCUAUACAAUACCGUCACACAUAAGAGAGCGACCGACGCCGCCGUGCUCGCCUUCGCGGUUCGGCGGAGCUGCAUUGAGCCAUGCUUCCUGAGUCGCCUUCUGGCCGGCGACGCGGCGGGUGGGGUCGAACCUGUGUUUUACCUCUCCGAGCCAGACAAAGAAGUACCCAUGCGAGUGCUGCGACGCGUGCUGCUGGCGUCUCUUCGCGGCACGACGGCGAGCGCACAGAGAAGCAUUCCACACAAGGACGAGAGCGCAUCUGUUGUGGCGGGCUCGGCCGUCGCAGACACCGCCGCUGCUGUCGUCGACCAGGGCGCACCACCACAGACAAGUACUAACACCGGCGGUGACGGUGAUGAUGGGGACGAUGCUGUCUUCAGUGUCUAG